GCAGAGGCUCCCAAGACCUUGGGGGGCAGGUGAGAGGGACAGUCGACCACCCAUGGGAUCCAGCAGACGUGGCCCUGCCCUCCUGAGCCUGCUGUGGGCCCCCCCGGGACGCGCCCCUUGCCCAGGACCAGGUCUGUCUCCCCAGGACAGGCCCCAGAAGGGCGGUCCCCUGAAACCGCAGGGACACACAUCCCCGGACAGCUCGCCUCUGGCCUGCGGGCGCUGGCCCUUCGAACAAUGUUUAAAAGCGUCUUCCGUCCGUCACGCCGGGGCGUGGUGUCCUGUCGGUCUUUGUAUCUGACCAGCCGGCGCUCAGGCCCUGCUCGGCGGGGCCGGAGGAACAGUGCCCAGCAGAGACGGAACGCAGGGGUGGCCUCACCCUCACAAGGUGCCAGGCCGCUCACCCACCAGGGAGACAAGAGCCAGCCACAGGCGGAGACCCAAGCCCACGGUCCCCAGAGGCCACUUUCCUCGGUCGUGGAGGGCCUGGGCGCACACCCCACCCAAGGCCCAGGACCUCGGGCCUCCCAGGGGUCCCGCAAGGGGACUAGGGUGACAUCUGCCCAGCGGGGGCCUCGCCCUGGUGCUCCCAUCCCAGUAGCCCGCGGCCGCACGCGGUUCAUCCACCACUGGGGGCACCCCGCUCGGAUCCACGUGGGCUCUAAGACGAGCAAGCGGUCCCGCAUACGGCGCUGCCGAGCCCAGGCGCCAAGUGAACGAGCCCAGGCGCCAAGUGAACGAGCCCAGGCGCCAAGUGAACGAGCCCAGGCGCCAAGUGAACGAGCCCAGGCGCCGAGUGAACGAGCCCAGGCGCCAAGUGAACGAGAGGCAGCCCCGCCCCCCGCUGGGAGGAACCAGCGCCCCAUCCCCAAGGAAGGCUGGGCCCAUGAGAGACCCAUGGGGAGCCACCGGGAGGAGGGGCUCCCGCGCCAGCCAAGCCUCCUGGACCGAGAUGCAGACCUCCUGGACACCGAGGACGCCGCCAGGCCCCCAGCUGCCCUCCUGGAGGAGCUCCUGCAGGAGGAGACAAAGCAGCCGCCUGGCGCCAUGCAGGGGCCCUUCUUCUACAUCGGGGGCACCAACGGGGCCUCCAUAGUCAGCUCCUACUGCAAGAGCAAGGGCUGGCAGCGCACCCAGGACAGCCGCAGGGAGGACUACAAGCUGAAGUGGUGCGAGGUCAAAAGCCGCGACAGCUACUGCAGCUUCCGGGAAGGCGAGCAGCUGCUGUACCAGCUUCCCAACAACAAGCUCCUCACCACCAAGAUCGGGCUGCUCUGUGCCUUGAGGGAGUACUCGCGGGUCGUGAGCAAGGUCAACACUCAAGCCAGCAGGCACCGUCUUCACGCGGCUCGUCCACAUGCGCCCGGCCAGGUCUAUCAAAGCUGUGUCCACCCGACCAGCCGCUUCCACCCAAAUGCAACCAUCCACGCACUCACGCCCCAUGCCCCCGGCCCCCGGGGUGCAGAUUUGAAAAGGACACAGCACCCACCCUUGAGGAGCUCACCCUUGUGGACCAGCCCAGGACGCCUCAGGCCACACAGGGCCCUGAAAAUGGAAGAGUUUUUCCCAGAGACCUACCGUCUGGACAGCAGGGACGAGAGAGACACCUUCUUCACGCUGUUUGACGAAACCCAGAUGUGGAUCUGCAAGCCCACCGCCUCCAAUCAGGGCAAAGGCAUCUUCCUGCUCAGGAGCCAGGAGGAAGUUGCCGCCCUGCAGGCCAGGACUCAGAGCAUUGAGGAUGACCCCAUCUACCGCAAGAUGCCGUUCAGGGCGCCCCAGGCGCGCGUGGUGCAGAGGUACAUCCAGAAACCGCUGCUGCUGGAGGGGAAGAAGUUCGACGUGCGCUCCUACCUGGUCAUCGCCUGCGCCACGCCCUACAUGGUCUUCUUCGCCCAUGGCUACGCCCGCCUCACCCUCAGCCUCUACGACCCCCAUGCCAUCGACCUCAGCGGCCACCUGACCAACCAGAAGCGGAUGCAGCAGAUCAUGGCCCACUGCUUCCUGGCGGUCAAAUCCAAGCUCGAGGGCAAGCUGGGUUACUUCGACCUCAUUGGCUGUGACUUCCUGAUUGAUGAGAACUUCAAGGUGUGGCUGCUGGAGAUGAACUCCAACCCCGCCUUGCACACCAACUGUGAAGUCCUGAAGGAGGUGAUCCCAAGCGUGGUCGUGGAGACCCUGGACCUGGCGCUCGAGACCUUCCAGAAGAGCUUGCACAACCAGAAGAUGCUGCCACUGCUGUCGCAGCGCCGCUUCGUGCUCCUCCACAACGGCGAGGCGGACGUGUGGCCGCGCCUGGGGGGCUCGCGCAACUUCCCCGGCCCGCUGCCGCCGCCCCGGCUCCCCUGCGAGGCCGGUCCCGCCCGCCAGUCCGCCGCAGACCGGCCGCCGCCGCGCGCAGGCCGGCCACCCGGUCCCGGCGGCGCGCAAGCCCGGACCCCUCUCCGGCAAGCGCGGCGCUCCCGACCGCCGACACCGCCGGGCGCCGCACGGAAGCCCCAGGCCCCGGGCGCCGAGCGGCCGCGAGCGGGCGGCAGGAACCCGGCGCGGGAGCCCUCCCCGGGGACGGGAACAACUGGGGAGGCGCGCAAGGGCACCAGCCACCGGGGCUCCUAGCUACUCCACCGCCCUCUGGGCCCGAUAAAGGCUACUUUGUUACAAACUCGGCCUCGGUACCGGUCCGGGAGGCCACACUCGCGCCCCGGGGUGCCCCCUGCCGGGCUUCCGCGGCGACUCCUCUGCUAGGGGCUCUCCUGCAGGAAGGGGCUGCGCCCCCACCCUCUGCGGGCCUGUGCUCCGCGGUGGGGCAGCCCCGCAGGUCCUGGGCUUCCACCCGUCUGUGCCCCCCACCCCCGCGGACCUCCCGCAGCCCCACAACCCCCGAACCCCACAGCCUGGCGCUGCGAUCACUAUUGCCUGGAGUCCCCAAGAAAGGUUCGGGAACCCCUCUGGGUCUCCAAAAGGAGGGCCCCUGGGCCCCUCACGGAGCUCACUCGGCCUGCCCAGCACAGCUCCUUCCUCGGCCCCAGACCACCUGGCUGGGUGCUCACAGCCUCACCAGCCCCCAGUUUUCCUGUAGAGGCCCCAGGACCUUGGCUGUGGCUGUGGGCCAUGACAGACAGGCCCACGGAGGACGCAUGAGAGCCUGCACUGGCCCGGUCAGUCCCUGUGUGGCCUCCAGCACUCCUGGUCCCCGUGGGCCUGGGGGUCUGGGAGGAGAACUCUGACAGCUCAGGGCUUCUGAGGUGCCCAGGCACACCCCCCCACCGCCAGCGGACGGGGCCAUGGCCCCCUCUGCAGCUUCCCCCACCCCAACCUCCCCGACUCCGGCAAAGCGGGAGCACAGAGGCCCCUCCCACUAGCUAGCUGCCCACAAAGCUUGUGCCCCAAGUCCACACCCCAGGGUUGGGUUAGCCCCGCCCCCAAGGGGGUCACACACUCCUGACCUGCUUUGAGCCCAGAGGAGUGGCAGGACGGGUCCCUGCUCUGCACUAGAGCAACGCUGGGCCCCAGGGGCUGCAGGGAGGGCACCUCCUUGCGCUGGGGUGCAGCUGCCUCGGCACCGCUAGGGGCCGCCCUCCACCGCCAUUCACUGCUCCAGACACAGCAGGGGUGAGGAGGGCUGGGUGGGGGGCGCUGGGGUUGAGAUGAGGUGGGCGUCCAGGGUGCGGAGCCCUGAGGGAGCCCAGUGAGGAGGGAGGGCUGCCCGCCUACCCAUCCCAGAGGCCUGCGGCUGUGGGGUCCCAGGGAGAGGCAGGCAGCUCGCUCGUGCUGCUGUGACGAGGGGCAGGAGCCCUGAGUCCCCUGGCACAGCUGUGGCAGGCCCUCCAUGAGGGGCCAAGCGCUGCCUUGCAGCCCGCCGAGGGCCCAGAGGGGUCAGAUCUUGGAAAACCCACCUACCCUUUGGGGUCAGGCCCAUGGUCCCUGUAGCGUUCACAGAGCCUGCAUGGCCGUGGCAUAAUCCCCGGCUCUUGCCGCCUUGACACCCCGGGGCCUCUGUGCCACCUGCAGCCUCAUGGCAAGUGUGGAGGUCCCUGGUUAAGGCUGUGUCCCAUGGUGCCAUCGGGCUGUCCUGGAGCAUUCCAGCUCUCCUCACCCCCUAGGUUCAGGGGCCUGAAGCUGUCAGUAGAGGUCACCCGAGCCUUCGGAGAGGCUUUCCCUGCUGUCUCGGGACAGUGGAGCCCCAUCGUUGGAUGUGUCACUUCUGGGGACUCGGGACGUGAUGAGGAGUACACGCUGACAGCGGCCUGCCCUGUCCUGAGCUCCUGCCCCAGCCUGGGGCUCCUCCAAAGGCCUGCACUGGUUCUGCUGCUCUUGGGCCCGGAGCCCACUGAGGGCCUGAAUAUCAAUAAACAAGGCUUCCC